AUGUUAAAUGGUGAUGAGGCAGCGUUGUUCUGCUGCAUUCUUUGGAGUAUUUGGAAGCAACGAAACAACAAGGUCUGGAAUGGUGUGAUUGAAGCGCAGGUUGUUGUUCUGGAACGUGCAAAAGUACUUUUACAAGACUGGAGAGCAGCUAAAUCCUAUCAGCAACAUUCUUCAAGGAUACAAAAUACCGCUGAUUCUUCAAAGUGGAAGAAACCAACUGUAGGUCAAUAUAAAUGCAAUAUCGACGCCUCUUUCUCUAAGCACUUAAACAAGGUUGGUAUAGGAAUAUGUAUAAGAGAUGACACAGAAUGGGUUCACGAGCUUAAUCUUGGUCUUAUGGAUUUUGAGAUGGAUGCGAAAAAGGUUGCUGAUAAUUUCUUAUCGACAAAUCAUGAUGCAACUGAGUUCGAAAAUAUCAUUCAAAAUUGUCAAUCUCUUUUUAGGAAUUAUUAUGAAAACUCUAAGGUGGAGUUUGUACGGAGACAAGCAAAUGAGGCAGCUCAUGCUUUAGUUAAGGCGGCUACAUUGUCAGCUAGUUUCCAGUUAUUAUAUGUAAUACCUGAUUGUAUUGAACACAUAUUGAUUAAUGAAAUGCUUUAA